AUGGCGGUGGCGGUCCUGGUGGCAGCGCGGCUGCUGCGCGGCUCCGGGUACUGGGGCCGGCGGUCGAGAUUUGGACUCCCCGCACACAGGCAGUUUAGUAGUGGAGGCGCCUACGCCAACAUCCCCCUCUCUACUCCCUUGCCUGGAGUACCCAAGCCUAUUUUUGCUACCCUUGACGGACAGGAAAAGUUUGAAACCAAAGUUACCACACUGGAUAAUGGGCUCCGUGUGGCGUCUCAGAAUAAAUUUGGACAGUUUUGUACGGUGGGAAUUCUUAUUAAUUCAGGAUCAAGAUACGAAGCAAAAUACAUCAGCGGGCUUGCUCACUUUUUGGAGAAAUUGGCAUUUUCGUCUACUGCUCGAUUUGACAGCAAAGAUGAGAUUCUGCUCACCCUGGAGAAGCAUGGGGGCAUCUGCGACUGCCAGACCUCCAGAGACACGACCAUGUAUGCCGUGUCUGCUGACAGCAGAGGCUUAGACACCGUGGUGGGCUUGCUGGCUGACGUGGUUCUGCAGCCUCGCCUGACAGAUGAGGAGCUGGAAAUGACACGGAUGGCUGUCCAGUUCGAGCUGGAAGACCUGAACAUGCGGCCCGACCCGGAACCACUGCUCACUGAGAUGAUCCACGAGGCUGCUUACCGAGGGAACACGGUGGGCCUCCACCGAUUUUGCCCCUCAGAGAACAUCGCAAGGAUUGACCGGGAAAUGCUUCAUUCCUACCUGAGGAACUACUACACGCCUGCACGCAUGGUGCUGGCCGGCGUGGGCGUGGAGCACGACCGCCUGGUGGAGUCCGCCACUAAGCACCUCCUGGGGGUGCAGCCCGCCUGGGGGGACACGGGGGCUGUGGAUGUGGACAGAUCCGUGGCGCAGUUCACUGGUGGGAUCGUCAAGCUGGAGAGGGACAUGUCCAAUGUCAGCCUGGGCCCAACCCCCAUCCCCGAGCUCACGCACAUCAUGGUGGGCCUCGAGAGCUGCUCCUUCCUGGAGGAGGACUUCAUCCCCUUUGCCGUGCUGAACAUGAUGAUGGGAGGCGGCGGCUCCUUCUCAGCUGGCGGCCCAGGCAAGGGCAUGUUCUCCAGGCUCUACCUCAACGUGCUCAACAGGCACCACUGGAUGUACAACGCCACCUCCUACCACCACAGCUACGAGGACACCGGCCUCCUGUGCAUUCAUGCCAGUGCUGACCCAAGACAGGUUCGAGAAAUGGUAGAAAUCAUCACGAAGGAAUUUAUCCUGAUGGGUGGAACUGUGGACACGGUUGAGCUGGAGCGGGCCAAGACACAGUUGAUGUCCAUGCUCAUGAUGAACCUGGAGUCCAGACCCGUGAUCUUCGAGGAUGUGGGGCGGCAGGUGCUGGCCACCCACUCCCGAAAGCUGCCACACGAGCUCUGCGCGCUCAUCCGUGACGUGAAGCCGGAGGACAUCAAGCGGGUCGCUGCAAAGAUGCUGCGCGGGAAGCCUGCGGUGGCGGCCCUGGGCAGCCUAAGCGGCCUGCCCAGCUACGAGCACAUCCAGGCUGCACUGUCGAGCCGGGACGGGCGCCUGCCCAGGAUGUACCGGCUCUUCCGGUAGGGUCCCUCAAGGUGCUGGGGACCCAGCCGUGGACAGUGGUUUGCACACAUGUGCUGUGGUGUGGCCUGGUGUGAAGGUGCCUGGGUCUGAACAGUGUGCACAGAGGGGUGCUCAGACUUGUGCAGGCAGAGUUACUGUGGCCGCCACAGCCUGCAUCUUUUGUCCCUUCGGAAAGGAGUUUGCCAGGUGGGGUUGAAUGUUCCUUUCUCCUGGAUGGAAGGCGGUGCCCACGCAGGUUGGGGCGCUCAUUCUCCCGCAGACUCAGCACCAGAGGCCAUGCCAAAGCCCUAGGCUGCAGUCUUCGCCCUCCCCAGCCUGCAGGCUACUCUGGGCAGAUCGGACAAAGCAGGAGUGUGCCCGUGCAGACACUGCCGUCUCUGCUAAUAAAACCGUGACCACCUCCUGC